AGCUGCCUCACCCCACUUCAUGGGUGGGUCUGCCCUGAAGCCAUGACUGUUUAAAGUGGUACAGUAUUGUCAUGCUUUGGUGCAAGUAUGGCCUAAACUAUACUUGGAGCAGGCCCAUUGAAAUCAGUGGUGCUUAAGUCCAUUGUUUCAGUGGGUAUUUCUCUGAGUAUGGCUCUACAGAGGAGAUCAUUUCAUGUUUCCAUGAGCAUUUGAACCAAAGCAGAAGAUUUCUCUGUAGACUUUCAUCAUUCUAUUCUCUAGCUUGUGUUUUGGAGAUGUCACUAUGCAUUUAUUGAAGGUCUAAACCAGGCACCCCCAAACUGCGGCCCUCCAGAUGUUUUGGCCUACAACUCCCAUGAUCCCUAGCUAACAGGACCAGUGGUCAGGGAUGGUGGGGAUUGUAGUCCAAAACAUCUGGAGGGCCGAAGUUUGGGGAUGCCUGAUCUAAACCAAUUUGAUCUGCUGGCAAACUCUUUUGUUAUCAUUAAUACUUCUAAUAUAUAUGUACCAGGCAUGGACAAAGAAUUGUGAUAUUACCUCCCUUCUCCUCCACCCCUUUGGCCUCCCUCAGCAUAAUGAAUUUGUGUCAUUCCACGCACACAAACAAAAUUGCUUUGGUGAUACCUGCCGAGAAUUGUUCUUUUUUACUAGCCAUUUUGCAAUUGUGUUUAACUGAGACACAACCAUACAACAUUCUUCUUGUUUAACAUUCAGCAGAAAUAUAUUUCCACAACAGCCUUGAAACUCAAAACCCCUCCAGAUUACCUGUUUAUUGAGCGUUCAACCAGAUUUGCUUGGCCAAAUCUUAAUGCGGAGGUUAAUCUGACUUCUGCUCUUCAUUGAGCAUUCAUCCAGAUUUGUUUACAGGGAGGUCAUUUGGCAAUGGGAAUUCACCCUUGUUUAGGCAUGCAAUCGAGUCCUUCCUGCAAAAUAGCAACAGUCUGGGGGCGACCCAAAGAAUCCUUCCUUCUAAAAGCUUUGGGUAUCAGAGCAUUUUGCUUUUUGUGUGGUAUGGAACUCCUCCAUUCACUAUGCAAAAGUUGUUUGAGUGCUGUGAAAAUGGGGUACCCCGGAGAGAGAGAGAGAGAGAGAGAGAGAGAGAGAGAGAGAGAGAGAGAGAGAGAGAGAGAGAGAGAACAUGAAGCGUAUGCUGUUGCUUUUGGUGUUUUUAUAGUAUUUUGCUGUUGCUAUUUUUAUUGCUUUUAUUUGCUGUUUUGUUUUUAUUGUUGUUUAGCUGUAUUGCCUAUAUUCCCUCUAUGGAGUUUAAAUGUUGGCAUAUGAUUUCUUGGGAAUGGAGUCAAGAUAUGGGAUAUAAAUAUAAUGAUGAUGAUAUGUGCACCAUAAAACAAUUUCACAUGUACUGCCCCCCCCCCCAAUUUGAAUAAAAAGCCAUUGUCAAUAUUACGGAACAUAAAAAUAGUUGUGGUGCCGGAUGGGUACAAGUGUGUAGAGGAGGUGUAGACCCAUCCUCCAGAGUCCUUCAGGUAAUGGGCUCCAAUAAUGAGAGCCAACAUGGUGUAGUGGUUAGUGUUGGACUAGGACCUGGGAGACCAGGGUUCAAAUCCCUCCUCUCUAGUCACAGUCUAACCUACCUUGCAAGGUGGUUGUGAUAAAGUGUAGGGGGCAUGCAUGCCACCCUGAGCUCCUUGAUAUAAAUGCAUCAGCUAAAUAAAUGGAAGGACGAAUCAAAAUAAUUAACAUUAUAUAACAUAAAAAUGGAGAUGGUGCAGGAAGGGAACGCGUGUAGAACAGGUGGGGAACCUCUGGCUCUCCAGGUGUUGCCGAACUCCAAUCAUUAAUCUGCAUCUCCCCCAGUCUCUCCCUGAGCAGACACUUCCUAUGGGAGAAAUGAAAUAAUUCCUGCUUCCUCCUCCCGCUCCCCGGCAUUCGAAUUACAACGCGAGCUCAGCGAGCCUCCGGUUGUUGUGGUUCGCAAUUACAGCCAGUAGGUGGCCCUCUAAACCCUCGCCUAAAGUGGACAUAGGCGGCGACUUCGGUGAGGCGGGGAAUUCAAGCUCUUUAAAGGAAGGGAAAGCAGCGGAGGUCUUUAGAGGGGCGAGGGGGACGACGAGGCGUCUCGGAGAGGGCACUGGAGGGGGUGUUGCAAAGAGGGCGAGCCAGAUGCCCCCCAGGCAGCCAGAGCCGCGGGCGGAGAGAACCGCAGGACUUCUGCAGCCUUGAUAGGAGAGUUCUGUCCAACAGAAGACCCAGGAAAUUGCCCUGUGCCAUUUGGUUGGAGCUUUUCAGUCGAAGGACAAAUAGUUCCCCGAGUCCCUUGACUUAAACCUUUCUAAAUUGUAGGGGACCAUCCAAUGGUAUUUUUUUCUGCUCCUCCAAAAAGAGGCAAUUGAUAAAUCCACUGGAAACUCCAGGGCCUUGACUUGGUGAGGUGUGUGGGUACCAUAGUGUUUACUUUACUUUUUUUAUCUUUUUCUAUUAUUAUUAUUAUUUAUUAUUUAAUUGAAGAAGCCUGACAGUCUUGAUAGGGCCUGCCCUGAAAAACUAAACAAGCCAGGCAUUGCUGGAAAGAGCAGCGGAUAAUUUCUUCCUGCACUCCAUUCUUCCUUUCUGGAACCCCCCCAGGAAUAUCGACUGCUGCCCAUCUGAAGGUCCGCAGCUUAAUCUUUGCCCUGUUCUUCUGGAGGAGCUUUUGCCAAGGCCUAAAUCCAGGAGUCUGUCUCUAUAGAAACUACCAGCGUGCCUGUGUGCAGCUGGAGGAUGGCUGGACCCCUCCUUUCCAGCUGUCCACUUCGAUUAUUAGCCAUGGGGCUGCUAGCAAUGACUUUUUGUGCUGGCUCUAUGGAAACCGAAAAACAUGGAAACAGAAGGAGCCAGGAGAAGAAAUCCCGAUGGAAUGACUCUCUCACGGGACAAAGAACAAGCAGCCCUCCCUUGUCAUCAUCCAAUGACCCGGAAACUGCUGCAGGAAAGAUUCGCAGGGAUGAAUCCCGGGCUGCUUGGAUGCUUCUUAUAAAUAACGGGGUGAACAAUAAAAAAAGAAGCAAAAAUAAAGCCAAAAAGUUCAAGUUUGGCAUUCCAGGACCCCCAGGAGCCUUAAUCGCCCAGGAGGAGCUGCUGAAAGAAUUCAGAUUGCUGCUUAAAGGUGUAAUCAGGGAACGGGAAAGGAUCGGUCAGAAAGCCUGUGACAACUGCCAAGAAGAAGAUGACAGGUCCAGAGGAGAAGAUAACUUUCUGGCCCAGAUUAGUGGACCACUUUUAGAAAGCAGGGAGCAUGGGCGAGUGCAGGCAGCUUUCCAUUGUCGGACCCGGAGAAACAUUUCAAUUGAACGGCGGUCAUUACAAGAGCUUCAGUUCUAUUACAUACCUAAAAAAGAAGAGAUGUUCCACCGUGGCCUUGGGCUAAACCUUAACAAUGGACAAUACAUAGCACCUUUCAGUGGAUACUACAUCUUCACUGCCACAUUGCAUAUUGUUCCAGAGGUUCAUCAAAAGAAGAACCAGCCCCACAGCCACGAACGCCUGCGCUUGCUGAUCUGCGUUGAGUCCCUCUGCCGACAGAACAUUUCUCUGGAAACAGUGAGCAGGUUGGACAGAAACAAUGAACAUUUCACAGUUUCAAUCCAUGGAAUUCUAUUCCUGCAGGCUGGCCAGUAUGCUUCAGUUUUUGUAGACAAUGCAACAGGAUCCACCCUCACUGUUCGAAGUGGGUCUGACUUUGGUGCUGUCCUCUUGGGCAUUUGAUUGGCUCACAACCAACUAUUCUGAAGGUGAAACCUUGCUUUUCAUCAGCCCCUAUGCUACACUUAUCUCAUUCAAUCAAGUGCCUGGAGUUGGUAAGCACCAGAACAAAGCACAAUAGCUGUUGAUGCAAAGCUAGCAAACCUCCACUGCUGUUUAAGCAUACCAAGGUGACGAAUUGGAUUUGAGAAAAAUGGCCCAGCAUCUAGUAAAACUGAUUAAAAGGAUGCUGAACCAACUUAUAAA